AUGUCCAUCCAAAAAGUCCUCAUCCUCGGCGCAACAGGCUCGGUCGGCCGCCCCAUCCUGACCGCACUCCUCGCCUCUCCCACCCUCCAAAUAACAAUCGGCACGCGCGCCAGCUCCCGUGCUACCUUCCCCCAGGGCAUCCCCGUAAAAACCAUCUCAGACGCCUUCACAACCGCUGAACUAACCACCCUCUUCACGGGCCAAGACGCCAUCGUCGUCGCCCUAUCUACUGCCCCCGUCACAGCCAGCGGCAAAGACAGCCUCGCCUUCCGCCUCAUCGACGCCGCGCUCGCGGCAGGCGUGAAACGCUUCAUCCCCAGCGAGUUUGGCGCGAAUAACCUGGAUCCACGGGCGAGAGCUCUCGUACCUACUUACGACAUCAAGGGGGAUAUGCUAUCCUACCUUAUCGAAACCUGCGAGAAGAGCGGGGGUAAGAUGACGUGGAGUAGUAUCUGCUGCGGUAGCUGGCUCGACUGGGCGCUGAAUCCCGCCCAAUCUGGGAAUUUCCUCGGGAUUGAUGUCAAGGCGAGGACGGCAAAGGUGUGGGAUUCAGGCAAUAACAAGUUUGCCGUUACGUCGAGUAAGAACACGGGCAGGGCGGUUGCGCAGGUGUUGCUCCACGCAGAUGAGACGGCUAACAAGCAGAUUUUUCUCUGCGAUUUCAUGGUUAGCAUCAGGGAAAUUGUGGGCGCCUUGGAGAAGGUGAGUGGGGAGACGUUCAGGAUCGAGGACAAGGAGAGUAAGCCCGAGAUCGAGGCGCUGAAGAAGAAGUAUGAGAGUGGAGAUGCGAGUGCGACGUUUGGACUCCUGGCAUUGAGUUUCGGCGCGGAUGUAGAUGUUGGGUACGAUUUUCCGGGUGAGCAGCAGGUCUGGAAUGAGAAGUUGGGGUUGCCCAAGGUUACGCUGGAGGAGUUGGUGGAGGAAGCUAUGCAGCUGGCGGAGAAGUCGUAA